AUGUUGAGCUCACGUAGGACGGUUCGACUACAUGAACCAGAAGAGCAGCCGCUUUUAAGCACUGCUCUUUUUGGCAGGGAUACGGAACAAGAACCGCUCCCCAACCACAACCCGAACGCCUACGCCCACCUACCAGUUUAUACAAAUAUUCACAGGAUACGAAGGGAUGUCAUCAGCAUAGUAGAAGACUAUCUCACUCUUGAGCAAUUGACAGAUCUCCGACUCAACAUAUCAGUUGUUCGGCCACUAGUCGACAAGCUUUACGAACAGAACGAUAUCUCAAUUGUCUAUUGCUUACUUGUGAAUCGUUCCCAGUUUCUGCAUGAGCAGGAGCAUAUGAUCAACAGACAGAAUGUUCACUUCACGCGGGCAACACUCUGCGAAUUGGUGGCAACUCGUAUCUUGAGGCGUUUUGGCGACGAUAAUCCAGGCUCUGAUGGACUACUUCUUUUGGCUAACAUUUUGGUUGCCGGAUUUGGGCCGUUUCAGAAUGCGCCUGCAGAGGUCCGGCAAGAGGCUUUUCUCGGUCCAGCGUGGAGUCAAAACAGAACUCUCCCUGCACUGGAAGUGGCUAUCUUAAGUAGUAGCAAACAUUUUCUCAGUUCUACACAUUGCCAAAAAAUUGUCCACGCAAUAUAUAUCGGUCGCGUCAUAUAUACACCCUCUACCUUUGUAACCCCCCACUCUCUGGAUAUGAUACCGGAUCGGUACAAACAGAAGCCUAUCUCCUUAUAUGAGCCACACAAAGCGCCUUUACUCAACCAAUACCGAUUAAUCGUACCUCGGACGAGAAAUUUCCUUGAAAUACUCCAAUUUAUCAUCCUACUCGUCAUCUAUCUUCUUUUCAUGCUGGAAAGAAACCCUGACUAUCUAAGCAACUUCGAGAUCGCCUUCGCGGUUUAUGCAUUCGGUUGGGUUCUAGAUCAGUUUGCAACGAUAUUGGCCCAUGGGUGGAAAGUUUACACGCAAAAUCUUUGGUCAUUCCUAGAUGUCAUGUUUGCCAUAGUAUAUUGGGCCUAUCUUGUACUAAGAUUAUACGGUUGGAAGACUGGCCGACCCGAGCCGGCCCAGCAGGCUCUUGAUGUACUUGCAAUGGGAGCUCCCGUACUUGUUCCUCGACUGGCGUUCAGCUUGUUGUCGGAUAACUUAGUAUUUUUAUGCCUUCGGUCAAUGGUGGCCGAUUUCACAUUACUCACAGCCCUAGCGGCCUGGUGCUUCGGUGGGUUCUUGCUUUCUAUGGUUUGGCUCGCUGAAGGGCGGCAUAAUACAGUGAAUAUUAGCAAGUGGAUGUUGUGGAUUUGGUUUGGUUUGGAUGGCACUGGCAUUUCACGUUCUGCGGAAUUUCAUUGGCUUCUUGGGCCAAUCCUGAUGAUUACGUUUACCUUCUUGGGUAACACAUUAUUCCUGACGAUUCUGGUAUCGAUGCUGUCAAAUACCUUCAGCACCAUUGUCAGUAAUGCUACCGCUGAAAUCCAAUUCAGGAAAGCCGUCUUGACGCUCGAGGGCGUGAAAAGCGAUGCGAUAUUCGCAUACCAACCUCCAUUCAACAUUAUUGCCUUAUUCGUCUUGGUCCCGAUGAGAUUCGUCGUUAGCCCUCGAUGGUUCCACAAGAUUCAUGUAGCAACAGUUAGGACCCUGAAUAUUUUUGUACUUCUCAUAAUUGCCGUCAUUGAGAGGCGAUCCCUUUGGUCGGGGGCGGAAUUAGCAGACUACCCGACAGAGCAAUUGCCGAAGAAACGCAGCAGAAAUUUGUUUUGGGAAAGAUGGAGAAUCACAAGCCAUGGCGAUAUUCAAGCGGUCUUCGACAUCUCCCCUCCUAAUUCGGUCGAAAACGAUAUCGCUGUUGAUGACGACCUGACGCGUCAUAUGAUUCGGAGACAAUUCGCGCGGCAGCAAAGUUCUACAUUAGUUGAGUCGAGUAGGGAGCAGACUAAUGAAGAGCCGGAGCAGCAAACACCGACGCCAAGUAGGACACCUAGCAGGGCCCCAAGCAAGCCACCGAGUCGUAGAGAUUCGAUAGCGCCGUACGGGCUCCUUACAGAACAGAUACGGUCUAUCAUGAGCGAGUCGGCUGAAAUAGAAGAUAUUUCGGGCCGCAUAGGCUCGUUGGAGCGUACCACCUCCAGAAUCGAGGGUUUACUAAUAAAAAUAUGCGGCGAUGCGAUUGAUGACAAGACGAAAGGAGAAGAGGGGAAGUGA